AUGGUGGCGAGCGCUGUCCGCGACGCGCUGCACGGGGCGCGUGCGGGCGUCGCGCAGCUGCGGGAUGUCGCGGCGGCGGCGGCCCAGGAUGCGGCUCUCAAGGAAGACGUGGCGGCGCUGGAGCAGCAGGCAGCGGCGCUGUUGCACGACCUUGAGCAGAAGGCCGCAGAGGGCCCGUCCACGUGGCAGGCAGUUGCAGAGGCGGGGUUUGAGAUGCGCAAUGCGCUCGAGAUGGCUGCGGCCCAGGUCACAAAGCAGCUGCGCGGCGGCAGCGGCGGAGGUGGUGGCGGCGGGGGCCUGCUAGGGCGCUUCCUGCCUGGCAAGAAAGAGAAUAAGAGCAAGGGCAAGGUCAAGCUUGAGGAGGCGGCGGUGCGCCUGAAGGCCGCCUCCGAGCGCCUGCACCGCCAGGCCGCGCCGGCCGCGCCGCCCGGGACGCCGCGUGCCCCCAUAGCGUCGCAGCAAUCCGACACGCCGCUGGCGUCGACGUCGUCGGGGCCCAAAAGCGGCACGCCCGUCGAGAGGGAGGGGGGCCUGGCGCUAACAGUCCCAGGCAAGAUUGAAUUCUUCAAGUUUGUCCCCAGCAUGGGCGGCAGCACCGGCGGCGGCACCGGCGGCAGCACCGGCGGCGGCGCCGGCGGCGCGUUGGGCGGGGCCGGCGCAAAGGAGGGCACGCUGUGGGUAUGUGCGGGCACGAAGGUGCUCUUCUUCAGCCCGGGCGCGACCAAGGCAAAAGUGGAGCUUGGGCUGCCCCCAAAGAGCACCGCCACCGCCGUCGCGGUCGGCUCGGGGGCAACCAUCUGGACCGGGCACCUGGAUGGCUCCGUCCGCGCGCAUCAUCGCGGCGCAUGGGACAGCGCGCGUGCCGCGGCCUGCCGCGCGCCGAUCCGGGCGAUCGCAGUUGACCAGAAGGGGCAGGCCUGGGUCGGUGACGAGACCGGCCAGAUCAAGGCGUUGAGGUUUGACCCCAGGGGCAUGUCGGUCAACAUCAUCUGGCAGGCGCUCCCCGACGGCCCGCCCGUGCCCGGCGCGAGCCCGUGCACGGCGCUGCUCAGCCGCGGCGCUGUCAUGGUGUCCGCCGGCGGGCGCUCCCCAAGCGCCGUCACGCUAUGGGACACGCUGCGGUUCGCGUCGGUCGUGGGCAGCGACGCGGCGGCCUACGGGGCGCUGACGGGCACCCUGGAGUCCAUACCCUGGCCCGAGGUGGACGCGCCGGCUGGCGGGGGCGGCGACUGGCGGCUGCUGAGCGGCCACGCGGGCGGGCAGGUCUGCUUGUGGGAGGUGGAGCCGCACAGGCUGCGCCUCGUCAGCGCGCUGGGGGCGCCCACGAACAGCGCCGUCAAGGGCAUCGCGCUGUUCCAGGAUCUGGGCAUCAUGGUGACGUCACACGCAGACGGGAUCCUGCAGGUGUUUCCGUUCCCCGCGCCCCACAACGGCGCCGGCGGCGACAGCACCGCGCCCGCCGUCGACGCGUCCUGCCCGCUGCCUGGCGGCGACGUGCACAAGUGGCGGCCGCACACAGCGAAAGUGCGGGCGCACAAGGGCGGCAUAAUAUGCUCCGCAUACCUGGGCAUCCACCUCGUCACCGCCAGCCCGGCCGGCGCCAAGACCUGGUCUGCCCACAGCCUGCGCCUCGAGGCCGUCGCAGAGGGCGUGCCCCUCCACAUGCCGUCCCUCGCCGCCACCCGCUCCCUCGCGGCCGCGACGGCGCUCGCAACCUUGGACGGCGAGAACCUUCCGCCGACGCUUGAUGACUCAGGGAUGGACCUAGACGAGCCCAGCUCCUCUGCCGGCGGCGGCGGCCUGGGGCACGACGGCUGCGGCGGCGGCGGCUCCCGGGUGGACGGGUGGCUGGCCGACGCGCAAAACUCUUACGGUUCCGCCUCUGGGGCGCUCGGCAACAUGAUGCCGGUCAUCCCCGCAGAGGAGCUCACCCUCAUCCAGCCCAUCGGGCAGGGCGCCGAGGGUCGCGUGUUCCUGGGGCGCUGGAACCACAUCGAGGUGGCGGCCAAGGAGUUUUUCACGGGCAAGGAGAGCCGCCACAGCAUGGUGGACAACGAGGAGGGGGAGAUGCGCGCCCACGAGUCCCUGCUGCGGGAGGUCAAGACACUCACCACCCUCACCAUGCACCCCAACGUGGUCCGAUUCUGCGGCGUGUGCCUGCGGCCGCCCCUGGUGGUCACGGAGUACUACAGCAACGGGUCCCUCUACAUGCUGCUGCAGAAGGCCCGAAAGCAGCUGGAAUCGAAGAACUCCAACCAGAAGGGGGGGUGGUGGGCUUGA